AUUCGCUGCAAAAUUAUUGGCUGAAAUGACAGCAAUACCAUGUGUCAGAAAUUUUUUAUUGGAAUCCAAUUAUUACAUACCUCACUUCGCAAAAGUAUUAAUCAAUGAAAGGGACUUAUUCAUGCAAGAAUUUUCUUCUCUGAUACUCGCUGAAUUAUCCAAGGAUAUUUAUGGGGUUGCUCAAUUGUUAGAACAAUGUCCGAAUAUGAAUUUUCUUUAUGAAAGAAUUCAAUCGACAGAUCCUGAUGUUAAGAAAAAUAAUAUAGAAAUAAUAUACAAUUUGAUACAAGAUCCAAUAGGCGCGCAAAAGAUUAUCAACGCUCAAGAAUUUAAUUUUCCUUUGAUUUAUCGACUUUUGGAAGAACCUUAUCCAGAGAUUCAACGAUUAGCUUUGAACGUAAUAGGUGAUCUAUUGGCAAGAAACAAGGAUGAGUAUAUGCAGAAUAUUUUUCGAGAAACUAAUGGUUUAGAAGCAUUAUUAAAUUAUUUGGAUGUAAGAAAUUUCUGUAGAAAUGACAAUUGGCAUGAUUUACACUCCGAAGUAUUGAAAUUACUCAGUCUGGCCUCGGAUAAUCAUAAGACGGUCGAAUUAUUGGAUAGUAUUGGUGGUAUUCAAAAGAUUUAUAAAUAUAUGAAGAAUACAGUAAAUUCCAAAUUGUUUGCAGAUGCUUUUGAUGUUAUUAUUCAUCUUGCUGAUAUUCCUGUUGGCAGAAAGGUUUCUUACUUUUCUACAUUUAUUGUCUAUUAAGGAUACUAUUUUAACUUUUUCAUUUUAUUAAAGUCAUUGUAUAUGUAUGGAAUUAUUGAUCAUCUGAUUAAUACGUUACAAGAGACUGUAUUACCUGAUAUGUAUUAUACCAUUUGUUAUGGGAUUGGUAAAAUGGUUUUAUAUGGUCCCGCUGCUGAAAAAUUAUCUACAGAAAAUAUUAUUCAAGGCAUUUUAGGUAUGCUUUUCAUAAUAAAGUUUGAAGCUUUUUAUCGUGAAAUUUACUUACAUCUUUUCUCAGAUAUAUUAAAGAACGAUCAUUUAACAUGGGAUGUGAGAAAUGCAGCAAUGUUUGCACUUAAUGAAUUAUUCAAUUGCAAUGUCGACAAUUGUAAACAUUUCUUGAAAUUUCAUGGCGAAGUAUAUAAGAAUGAUAAUAAAACUCAAUUGAUAGCUGUUCAAGCAUUAAUUACUAUAGCACGUCAUUCAACAUUGAGAAAUUCAGUAAUUAAUAUCGAUACCAUAGAUGCUUUGUGUACACCAUUCGAGAUAGAUUGUCCAACUAUGGACAAAUUCAAAAUACUUUGUUGUCAAGCUCUUUCAAUGUUUUGUAUUGAUGAAAUUGGAAGGGAUGCAUUUCUUAAAAUUCACGGUCCAUCUAGAUUACAUCAUUUAUUAUCAGAUGUACAUUCUAUCCCGAUAAGAAAUGCAGCAGUUCAAUUGGUUCAAUUGUUAUGCGUCGAUCCAGUUUUGGCAAAUGUUUUCGUAAAAACUAAAUAUUUAUCAUACAUGUUAAAUAAUCGUGCAUCCGCAAGAAUUAUACCUUCAUGGGAUACCUGCAUAGAAACCCUUUUCAAUUCUCAUUUACCAGCUAAAUUUGCAUUCACCGGACGACUUUCGUUACACGAUAUCACUCAAGAUGGUUUUUACGUUUUACGACAAAACAUUUGUCCAUUUCCUGUACUAAAUGAUAUAUUUCGUUUCAAAUUUUGUCCUUUGGAACCCGUUUACGUAAUAAACACCUCACAGUCUAAUUCUUCAAAUGAUAUGAUAAACGAAAAAGACAUAGAUGGUAUAAUAUAUUCUAGAAAUUCAAUUCAAAAUGGUAACGCUUCGAAAGGAGUAUAUCUUUCGGCCGAAGCUAUAAACGGUUGGUUGGAAUUAAUGUUCGGUCGAUUGCAAUUAGAUCCACAUCUUUGUGAUUACAUCGAACUUUUAAAAUGCAAAUUGGUAGCAAUGGAAUCAAAAGAUUCAUUUAUAUGUUAUAGAAUAAUUAAUGAGGAACCUAAUUUAAUAAAUAUUUGUGCAAUUGCUUCGCGUGCAAAAAUGUUGGCCGAGUUCGUUGCACGUCAAAUGUCAGGACCUGACCCAACAAGCACAUGCGUAGAUCAUCAAUUAGAAGUCCACUUAAGAGAGAUCAAAGAAUCCAUAGGAACGAGCGUGAUUCCUCUCGGACAAUUGCGUGUCGGUUCUUAUUUAGAAAGAGCAAUACUUUUUAAAGUAUUAGCUGAUAGAAUAUGUCUUCCAACCGCUUUGGUACGAGGGGAAUACGGAACAGCUUGGGUUGAGAUUGCUAUACCACAAGUAUCAUGGAAAUUACGACAACCAAUUUUGCCAACGAAAUUAUUGAAACCUAAUUUUAUAGUAGAUUUGAUAGAAAAACCUGGAAGAUUUAUACCAAUUGAUAGUGAAUUAGCUAAAUCAUAUAAAAUUAAAGAAAUGAUUUGCGAUUUGACGUGUUCAUCUUGAUAACGUGAGAUUCAUAUUUUAAUAAUAUUAUAAUUUGGUUCUAUUUAUGUAUUAUUUAUUUUAAUAACAAAAUAUAAAAUAUUAUUUACAUUCAUAUGCAUCAUUGCGUUUGGUUUAAUUAUCGCAAGGCUAUUUAAUUAAAGCUCUAUGAUAUAAUAACGACGUGGUAAUUAUUAUUUAAAAUAACAUCAAAUAUUUAUUUGAUUUAAACACUGUCGAAAAGUUUUAAAAUACGUGUGUACGUAAAAAUAAAGCGUUAAAAAAGG